GUAACGCUUAUAAGAAUAUUAUUCAGCCAUUACACGAAACAUAGUUCAAGGUUAGAUAAGAGAAACUCGUGAAGAGAAAUGAAUUCUCCAAUGCUCAAAAUUUCGAUUGCUCUUUUCCUUUUGACUCUAUCUAUUCAAGCAUUUGGACAAUUUGAGGAAUGGUGCAUAGCAGAUGAGCAGACACCAGAUGAGGAGUUACGGAGGGCCAUGAAUUGGGCUUGUGAAAAGGGUGGAGCAGAUUGCAGCAAGAUACAAGUGAACCAACCUUGUUACCUUCCAAAUACCAUGAGGGAUCAUGCCUCUUAUGUCUUCAACAAUUACUAUCAGAGGUACAAGCACAAAGGAGGCUCUUGCUAUUUCAAUUCUGCUGCAAUCACCACUGAUCUUGAUCCAAGUCAUGGCUCAUGCAAGUAUGAGUUACUUCCUUGAAUGAAGUUCGAACUUCGAAGUAAUUUAUCAUUAAUUUUCUUACAUCAAAGACUAGUAAGACCAUAUUUUGCAGUUGAACAAUUUGGAGGGAAUAAUGGAGUUGGUGCUUCCUUUC